GCCAUUUUGAUCCGUUUAUUCUCUGUAUUGUGCGUGCCGUGGGCGGAGGGUGGCCGUGGUCAGCGGGAGCCGUCGUACGGCACAUACCCAGCUGAGAUUGAAAGGAGGCGACUGUGCGACUGCGAACGUCCGCGGGUGACGCUGACCGCGCGCGGCGCGCCAGGAACGAACCUCGCCCGACUGCUGUCCCCGCGGCCGACAGGUAACCGACCAUGAGGGAGUACAAGAUUGUGGUGCUGGGUUCGGGCGGCGUGGGCAAGUCGGCGCUCACCGUACAGUUCGUGCAGGGCAUCUUCGUGGAGAAGUACGACCCAACCAUCGAGGACUCGUACCGCAAACAGGUGGAGGUGGAAGGCCAGCAGUGCAUGCUCGAGAUCCUCGACACGGCUGGCACGGAGCAAUUCACGGCGAUGCGUGACCUGUACAUGAAGAACGGUCAGGGCUUCGUGCUGGUCUACUCCAUCACUGCCCAGUCGACCUUCAACGACCUGCAAGAUCUGCGUGAGCAAAUCCUUCGAGUCAAGGACACCGAUGACGUACCGAUGAUCCUGGUGGGCAACAAGUGCGACCUGGAGGACGAGCGUGUGGUUGGCAAGGACCAGGGCCUCAACCUGGCCCGCCAGUUCAACAACUGCGCCUUCCUCGAGUCGUCGGCCAAGUCCAAGAUCAACGUCAACGAGAUCUUUUACGACCUCGUGCGGCAAAUCAACCGCAAGUCGCCAGAGAAGAAGAAGCAGAAGAGCAAACGGAGCAAGUGCUGCCUGUUUUAACUGCCGCUGUGUCGCGAGUGCAAACAAAGACGGCGGGCGCGGGCCGCGCGGUGCCAGGGAUCUCUCGCCGGCGGGGAGGCUGAGGGACGACCAAAGACGGAGUCCGCCCACAGGGCGGCCGCAGCACGGCCGCAGUGCGCUUGCUGGCUGGGGGUAGGCGGCUGCCGAACGCUGUUGAUGUUUAUGUGGCCACCCAGGUCGGCGCCGACGGCGGGCAAACGCAGCGCGGCCAACGCGGAGCUCGACCCCGCGCCCGACUGCGUGCGCGUGCGUGCGUUUGUGGUGCGAGGGCGUGUUGCUACUCCAUUUACGCUUUCUGUAUAAUUCUCUACGUGCGUGUUGCCGCCUUCCAUGUCGCCUUCCGAUGGCGUCGCUCAUCGCCCGGGCGACCGCAGCGUCUCUGGCGGCUGCGUCCCGAAUGUGCGGCGCGGAUCGUCCGCGACGCCCGCCACACCCCGCCCUGUCCAAUUCGAGAUCCCAGCGCGGCUGGGGCGCAGAAUGUCGCGUGAUGUUGGCGCCGCGUAUGUAUAUUAUUUCCAUGGACUCAUUAUCAUGGAGCGGCCGGCGCGCGGGUGCCCGCGCGCACGCCGCUCGGCCCUGGAGAAGUGCGCCAGCCUGUCGCGGCCCGCUCGUCUACGCCUACAUAGCUCGUAAUGGCGCGACUCGUCCAUGUAUCUGAAUAGUUUUCGCUCGGAAUAAAGUACGGUUAAUCUCG